GGUUAGCGGCAUUUCCGCGUCCUUCUUGGCCCGGUGUCGCCGCUGGUCCGGGAGCGGCUCGGGCCCUCCAGAACCGCCCCGAGCCCCCCGGAACCGCCCCGGAGCCACUCCGGAUUCACUCCGGAUUCCUCCGGAACAGCCGCGGCUCCACCUCCGGACUCUCCUGCGGCUCGGCUCGGCUCGGCCCGGCCCGGCCCGGGCCGCUCCCUCCCCGCCGCGGGUCCGGCGCGGGGCUCGGCGGCUCCGGCCGGGGAUGCGGCGGCGCGGCCCGCGCCAUGUGGUACAUCAUGCAGAGCAUUCAGAGCAAGUACUCUCUGUCCGAGCGCCUCAUCCGCACCAUCGCCGCCAUCCGCUCCUUCCCUCGGGACAACGUGGAGGAUCUCAUCGGUCGGGGCGCCGAUGUGAACUGCCUGCACGGCACCCUCAAACCCCUGCACUGUGCCUGCAUGGUGGCUGAUGCCGACUGCGUGGAGCUGCUGCUGCAAAAAGGAGCCGAGGUGAACGCCCUGGACGGCUACAACCGCACAGCCCUCCACUACGCCGCCGAGAAAGACGAAACCUGCGUGGAGAUUUUAUUGGAGUACGGAGCCAACCCCAACGCCCUGGACGGCAACAAGGACACGCCGCUGCACUGGGCGGCCUUCAAGAACAACGCCGAGUGCGUCAGGGCCCUGCUGGCCAACGGAGCCUUGGUCAACGCCCUGGACUACAACAACGACACCCCCCUGAGCUGGGCGGCCAUGAAGGGCAACCUGGAGAGCGUCAGCGUCCUGCUGGACUUCGGCGCCGAGGUGCGCGUGGUCAACCUGAAGGGUCAGAGCCCCAUCUCGCGCCUGGUGGCGCUGCUGGUGCGAGGCCUGGGCACGGAGAGGGAGGAUUCCUGCUUGGAUUUGCUGCACAGAGCCACGGGACACUUUGAGCUGAGGAAGAACGGCAGCCUGCCCUGGGAGGUGGCGCGGGACCCGCAGCUGUGCCAGCGGUUGUCGCGGUUGUGCUCGGCGCCGGGCACGCUGCAGGCGCUGUCGCGUUACGCCGUGCGCCGCUCGCUGGGGCUGCGCUUCCUGCCUCAGGCUGUGCAGCAGCUGCCGCUGCCAGCCUGCCUCAAGGAGUACCUGCUGCUGCUCACCUGAGCCAGGAAUGGCUGCCUGCACCUCCUGCUCGUUUUGGGACUUGCCAGGUUCUCCCCUCGUGGGUUUUGUUCACCGCCGCCUCCGUUUCUCCCCCCGUCCUCUCACGCUCCCUCUGUCUCCUCUCUGUUCCCUCUGCUUCUUUCCCCCCUUCCUGCAACGAACAGCAUCCCUCUGAUGGCAAAUUAUAUCCCAGCUGUUGGAUUCAUCUGGUUUUCCCCUUUUUUUGGGUGUUUUUAUGGCCUUGUCAAAGGAAAGUUUGAAAGGAAAAGUCUCCUUUGGGGAAGGAUCCGAGGUGAGCUGCACAGAGCCACGGGACACUUUGAGCUGAGGAAGAAGGGCAGCCUGCCCUGGGAGGUGGCAGUCCCUGCUCACUUUGGGACUUGCCAGGUUCUCCCCUCGUGGGUUUUGUUCACCGCCGCCUCCGUAUCUCCCCCCGUCCUCUCACGCUCCCUCUGUCUCCUCUCUGUUCCCUCUGCUUCUUCCCCCCCUUCCUGCAACGAACAGCAUCCCUCUGAUGGCAAAUUAUAUCCCAGCUGUUGGAUUCA